AAGAAAGAUGCAAAAAGUUUACGUUUACAAUAUUUAGUUUUUAAAUCCACGAAAAUGAGUCAAUAUAGUCACGUCAAGUAUUCGACAUCGCCGACGCCCUCUGUGGUGUCAGGCUAUUCGAGCGCAUCGCGGAUAAACUCCCCUUUGCCUCCUCCUGUGGGCUAUCGCAAGGAUUGUCUCUCGGCAACAUCAAAAAGCUACAAAUAUCUGAGACGUCUGCUAAAAUUCAACCAAAUGGACUUUGAGUUUGCUCUCUGGCAAAUGAUCUACUUAUUUAUAGCGCCCCAGAAGGUAUAUAGAAACUUUAACUACAGGAAACAAACCAAAUCUCAAUUUGCGCGCGACGAUCCCGCAUUUCUAGUGCUCUUGGUCAUUUGUCUAUGUGUAACCUCACUGGGCUUUGCAUAUGUGCUGGGUCUGACUUUCUGGCAAAGCAUAUCCUUCAUAUUUUACGUGGUUUUCGUUGAUUGCAUAUUUGUUGGCAUUAUAAUUGCAUCAUUCUUUUGGGCUGUGACAAACCGCUUCUUGCGCACCAACAGUCUGGAGCCAGACAUUGAAUGGGGAUACGCUUUUGAUGUGCAUCUCAAUGCCUUUUUUCCGCCUCUGAUGCUGCUGCAUUUUAUUCAGCUAUUCUUCUACAAUUGGCUAAUAAGUCAGACUUGGUUUAUAUCGCGGUUUCUGGGAAACUCUUUUUGGCUAAUGGGCAUGAGUUAUUACGUGUACAUCACGUUCCUGGGCUAUAACUGCAUUCCACAUCUGAAGAAUACGCGCAUCAUACUCAUCGCUUUGCCUAUAAUUUUUCUGCUGUACCUAGUCGUCACAAUCAUAGGCUGGAAUGCAACAAUUUCAUUUAUAAACUUUUAUAAAUAUCGUGUAUAUUGAUGAGCGUGUGACAUAAAUUGUAAAUUAUUUUUGCUUAUAAGCUACUAGGCACACCCCCUACCAUAUGAUUAACUUAUAAAAUAUAGUAGCAU